CGAUACCAUCAUCCAAUUUUCAUACUUCUUUAAACUUCCUGUUUCAUUGAUAAAAUCAGAGAAUUCCGGUGCCGUGUAAGUAUUGUGAUAAAACUAGGUUAAAUAAGAAUCGUCUUUAUUCAAUCAAAAGAGUGAAAUGAAAAGCAUUGGGAGCAUAGUUUUCUUCACACUGGUGCUGGCUCAUCUGUGCAACGGUACGCUGUCGCCUUCGGAUGUUAAAAAUAAAAACAAAAAGCCGAAGGAGCUAAAAGUUCGUCAGGGACCUCAAACCUCCAGUGUUAUCGAUCGAGCUUUAAUCCAGGAGGAACCCCUAGCUAAGGAUAUUCUUGUAGAAAGUGGAACUUAUUACGAGGAGACAGCGUUGAAAAACUUCAAAGGCACUGUUUUAGGCUAUGUAACGCCGUGGAACAAUCAUGGUUAUGACGUGGCCAAAAUUUGGGGUGCAAAAUUUAAUUAUGUGUCGCCGGUAUGGCUUCAGAUACUUCGGAAAGGAGCAAAGCAGUAUGAGCUAGGCGGUGCUCAUGAUAUCGAUUUAGGAUGGGUAAAGGAUGUGAAGCAUACCGGGACGGCGAUUAAUAAUAAAGUUGUUCCACGCAUCUUAUUCGAUAAAUUCACCGACAAAGACUUCUCGCAGCUGCUUACGUAUGGCGAAGAGCGAACCGCCGCGUCCAGGCUGAUCCUGGAUACUGUUCAGAAAUACAAAUUUGAUGGUAUUGUGUUGGAGGUGUGGUCUCAGCUUUCCGCCAGAGUAGAUGAUGAGGUUCUAAUAGCUUUGGUGACGGAAAUCUGUCAAACGCUGACUAGUGCUCAUUUCGAUUGCAUCUUAGUUAUUCCUCCGGCACGCAAAGAAACUUAUGAUCUGUUCUCCCGGAAGCAUUUCGAGACUCUUGUCCCGAUCGUUACGGCAUUCUCGCUGAUGACGUAUGACUUCUCUAGUGUACAAAGGCCCGGUGCGAAUGCUCCUCUCUAUUGGGUGAAGAACGCCGUGAUGCAUAUUUGUCCAGACUCUGCGAGUGAUUUAGAACGGAAGCGAGCAAAAAUUUUGCUCGGCUUAAACCUCUAUGGAAGUGACUUUACCCCUAACGGAGGACAACCCAUCGUCUCUCAUGAAUACUUGGCUUUGCUGAAGCAUCUCAAGGGACAUUUAACUUUCGACGAGCAUGAUGUGGAGAACUUUUUCGAAGUGAAAACAUCGACUGGUCGUCACAUGGUAUUUUACCCAACACUGUAUUCCAUCAAUGCACGGCUGAAACUGGCUCGCGAGUUGGGUACUGGAAUAUCACUGUGGGAAUUGGGUCAGGGUUUGGAUUACUUUUAUGACCUUUUCUAGUCAUUUAGCACACAACGUUACCAGUAGCACAUUUUGAGUCAUUUCAAAACGUUCCGAAGAAACAUCGUUUAUAUAUUAUAACAACAAAAAGCUGUUGCACAAGGCGUUAUACAACAAAAAAUACAGUUUCAAAGUUUGCUUAUUGCUAUAAAUUAGUUUUUAGAAAUAUAAAUCAGUAAGAUACUAUUGAACUCGACAUGGUGAUAAAUCAAUAGAAACGGUUAUCUUAUUAAACUAGCGAACUAUUCAGUAAUGCAAGAAAUUCCUUUUGGUAAA